AUGAUUGAGCCUGGGGAUGACCUCAAGGACCUGGGUCACGUGGGUUCUGGCGAGGCGGUAGACGAGGACAUCCCCCCUCCCACGGUGUCUCUGCCCAAACUGGCCGCCCUGCUGAGGGUGUUCAGCACCGUGGUGCGCUGUUUUGAACCGGUUUUGGCGUGCGUGUCGACGGCCAAGCAGGUGUUGUUCUCUGAGCCGGUGUUGACGGGCGGGGAACGUGUGUGUGUCCUGCUGGUGAGCUUGGAGCCGUCCGCACAGCUGACCGACGCCGCCAUCACCUACGGUCUGGACCAGCUGGAUGCCUGCCGGGCCUGUGGCCCAGAGUACAGCCUGGCCGUCCUCAGCCUCAUCACGUUGAUUGUGGACCAGAUCAACACUAAGCUCCCAGCGUGGUUUGUGGAGAAGCUGCUGGCUCCAACAUCACAGCUCCUGGAGCUACGCUUCAACAGGGACAGAGAGGUGAUGUCAGCAGCCCUGGGUGUGUACCAGUCUGUUUUGAGCCUGAAGAACAUCCCCAUUCUGGAAGCAGCGUAUAAACUGGUUCUGGGAGAGAUGGCCGCCGCUCUCCGACCCCUGGUACCCUCCCCAACCCCCCCUCCACCCUUUCCCGGCAUUCAGCAUCCUGUCUUCGCCCCUCACCUCACCCCAGAGAGGGCAGAGUUCACCCUCAUCUUCAACCUGUCAGCCCUCACCACCAUCGGCAACACCAAGAACUCACUCAUAGGGAUGUGGGCUCUGUCUCCGACGGUGUUUACGUUUGUUGAGUCAGAACCUGAUGUUGGUCCACUCUUGACCUGGCCGUCUACCACCCUGCUGUACAAUAUGCUGUGUUAUAUACCCUGUACUCACACUGUACCAGACAUGAUCACUUCAUCUCGUCCAGCCUGUCCUCUUCCUCCCUUCUCUCUUGACGGGGCGGUCAUCAGCACGGUAACCACGGCAACCAGGAAACACUUCAGCACCCUGCUGUCCCUGCUGGGAGCCCUGCUGAGGAAGGAGCAGCUCUACACUGAGGCCAGGAAGCUGUUGUUGACGUGGUCUCUGGAGAUGUGCCUGAUGAUGAAGAGGUCUGAUACCUACACCCCUCUCUUCUCCCUCCCCUCCUUCCACAAGUUCUGCAAGGGUCUGCUACACAACGCCCUGAAUGAGGACCCAGUCAUCUGCCUCCAGACCUGCAACAGCCUUCAGGUCAUCUCCUCCUCACUCAACACAGAGCUGCUGCAGAGGUGUGUGGAUGUUUGUCGUGUCCAGCUGGUGCACUCUGCGGUGAGGGUGAGGCAGGCGUACGGCAAGCUGCUGAGGACAAUCCCUCUGGACGUGACACUCAGUAACCACAGCCACCCAGAGAUAGAGGAGAUCUCCUUGGUGGUCCGUCGUCACAUGAGCCGCCCCCCCAGCAGCACCUUUCACCCCCAGGACUUCAGUGACCUCAUCAGCUUCAUCCUCUAUGGCAGCCAGCACCGCGGAGGUAAAGAACCGUGGCUGGAGCGUCUGUACCACAGCUGCCAGCGCCUGGAGAAGCGCGAGGGUGUCUCGUCAGGUCGUGAAGGGGGUGUGUGUGUCUCCGGUGCGGGUGGCGGUGUGUGUGUACCGCGGGGUCUGCUGAAGACGGAGGCGGUGCUGUGGCAGUGGGCGGUGUGGGAGGCAGCUCAGUUCACAGUGUUGUCUAAACUCCGUACCCCGCUGGGACGGGCACAGGACACCUUCCAGACCAUAGAGGGUAUAAUCCGCAGCCUGGCGGCCCACAGUCUGAACACUGAACAGGAGCUCAGCCAAUGGAGCGGCGGCGACACAGACGACGGUCACCAUAGCAACCAGCUGCGUCUGGCGCUGCUCUUGCAGUUCCUGGAAAACCUGGAGAAACUGAUGUACAACGCCUACGAGGGCUGUGCCAAUGCUCUGACCGCUCCACCCAAGGGUAUCAGAACAUUCUUCUAUACCAACCGUCAGACCUGCCAGGAUUGGCUGACUCGUAUCCGCCUGGCCCUGAUGAGGGUGGGGCUUCUGUCCGGCCAACCAGCAGUCACCGUGCGCCACGGCUUGGACCUGCUGACUGAGAUCCAGAACAGCAGCACUCUGGGUCCAGAGUUGGAGGCUCCUCUGGUGAUGCUGGUAGAGGCUCUGUGUGAACUUCACUGUCCUGAGGCUAUCCAGGGUUUAGCUGCCUGGAGUCUCACCAACACUGGCAAGAGUCUGGCUUGGGUCAGCUCUGUGGCACUACAGGCUGAGGGGCGGUUUGAGAAGGCUGCAGUGGAGUACCAGGAACAGCUGUGUGCCGUGACGGGGAUGGACUGUUCCAUUAAGGGCUUCGACCGCUCACUCCUCAAACUGGGCGGAGCCAACAGCUCUAACACAGCCAGCCCCAAACACAACGGCAACGGUGACUGCAGGAAGACGGUUCUCCUCAAGUCCAACGAGUGUUCCUCCGAGGUGCUCAACCUCCUUGCCAAUAAGGCAUGCCAGUGCUAUGUGGCCCUUGGCGAUUGGUCCUCGGUGCAGGAGUGGCAGGCCAGCGUGCACGCCCUCAAGAAGAACCCUGGUAACCCUGCCGCAGCGAGCGUGCACCUGAAGACAGACUUCAACUACGUACGGGCGCUGAGCUGCUUCGAGGACGGAGACUUCCCAGAAUGCCGUGCUCAGCUGGAGCUCCUGGCGGGGGAGAGAGACGACUACGGCAUGCUCAACUCCACCUCUACUGGCUCCAAGGAUAAACUAGGUAGGAGGGGGAGAGGGAGGACUAAGGCCUGGUCAACUCCACCUCUACUGGCUCCAAGGACAAACUAGGUAGGAGGGGGAGAGGGAGGACUAAGGCCUGGUCAACUCCACCUCUACUGGCUCCAAGGACAAACUAGGUAGGAGGGGGAGAGGGAGGACUAAGGCCUGCUCAACUCCACCUCUACUGGCUCCAAGGACAAACUAGGUAGGAGGGAGAGAGGGAGGACUAAGGCCUGGUUUACUCCACCUCUACUGGCUCCAAGGACAAACUAGGUAGGAGGGGGAGAGAGAGGACUAAGGCCUGCUCAGCUCUACCUGCUCUAAGAAUAAACUAGGUAGGAGGGAGAGAGAGAGGACUAAGGCCUGGUCAACUCCACCUCUACUGGCUCCAAGGACAAACUAGGUAGGAGGGGGAGAGAGAGGACUAAGGCCUGGUCAACUUCUACCUGCUCUAAGAAUAAACUAGGUAGGAGGGAGAGAGAGAGAGAGAGAGAGGACUAAGGCCUGCUCAACUCUACCUGCUCUAAGAAUAAACUAGGUAGGAGGGACAGGGAGGACUAAGGCCUGGUCAACUCCACCUGCUCGAAGAAUAAACUAGGUAGGAGGGA